AUGUCUCUCUUACCAUACAUUUUGCUCUUUACAUGCGCUUUCUUGAUGGCUGUUCAAGGCCUUCAAAUCAACUUUAGUUCCACUAAACCUGACAUGCUGAUCAAGGACACUGCUCAAGCCCAUUACGAAUCCAUCAUUGAUGACAUUCUCAGUCAGCACAACGAGGGUUUAUUGACUGAACUCUCCAUCGUGAUAAAGACGCCUCAUGACAUGCAAGCCGCCUUGAGACCUCAAUCUGAAUUGCUGAUGGGACACUCCAACAUCCAAGAUGUCUGCGUUGCACAAAUGCCAGGAAUGAUUGCUAAUCAAAUCCAUGAACUCAGCAACGAACUCUAUUCAAGCGUUGAUGCUAUCGUCUCUGAAUUUUGGACCACUACCGAUAUUGAGUAUCGUCAGCUUAUUCUGAAUGCCAUCAACAAGGGCCUUUGGGAACAGGAGGUCAUGGAUGAACUCGUUGCUUCUCUGGAACUGCUCAACAUGGAUAUUGCCGAUCACAUCAUUGCUGCUGUCGACAGAUUCGACAUUCUCUACAAGGUCAAGAUGGCAUUGAAGUCAUGCCAAUCCAUCUUUGAUCAAGAAAACAAUCCCUUUGCUGCCGAGGACAAAGAAAAAACACUGACUGAGAAGGUCUGGAGUGCCAUCCUUGUCUCAUUCACUAGCACAUCUAGCCAAGCAUCACCUGGUGUCAGAGAAGCACCUCAACAUGGAUUCUUGAACAGAUACAUCUUUGAAUUAACAUCUGAUCUUCAGUCCGAGCUCUACAGCCGCGUCUACGAACUAGCAAGAAGUGUCUACGAGGAUCUUGCUUUUGGCUCUGCUUAA